AGACAGGAUAUGAAGGGGUCCCGUCCUUAGUUUAUCACAAAGUAGCCAUCGGCAACUCGUCGGCAAAAGCCUUCGAUUCUCGUUUGCAUUGAGCCCUUUUCUCACAUCGGUCCCUUUCGAGGACCCAUCGACUUCGCGAUCAUUACUUUCUGCGCGACCUUCGAAGAGUUGCCGGAAAAGAGUUGCUCGGUGUUCGUAGUCUUUACGAGAAGUGAGGAGUGUCGUGUUUCUCGAGAAGAUUAUUGACAGAAUGGCCUUUACAAGGGUAACUUCCAUCCUACUCUUGGGUCUCUGCUGGGCUGUCUUGGUGUCUUGCGAGAAUCAAACCGUUGCGGAAGUCAAUAACGGGCUCAACGAACCGGAUUUUCCCACCCCUGAGUACAUAUUACCAUGCAGCAGGAAAGAUCCAAAGAUCGAUUCAUGCUUUCUUAAUACGCUCGUCCAUAUCCAACCAUACCUAGUGAAAGGUAUUCCGGAAUUGGAUGUGCCUCCUAUAGAACCGUUGGUAAUUCCCGAAUUGAAAAUGGAGAACGGUCAAGGUCCAGUGCGUGUUAGAGCAAUUUUCACUAACAUCACCACAAUAGGACCAGGAAACUAUAGCAUCAGUAAAGUACGAGUGAAUUUACCAUCAUAUAGAUUUGAUCUACAUCUAUCUUUACCGAAGAUCGACAUUCAUGGUAGUUACGAUAUUAAUGGGAACGUACUCCUCUUCCCCAUACAAAGUCACGGCGAUUUCUGGGCAUUAUUCGGAGACGUAAAGGCAGUCGCUCGCAUACAGGGUGUCGAGGAAGUGAAGAAUGGCGUUCGUUACAUGAAUGUUUCUCGAUUAUUAAUCGAUUUCAGUCUCGGUCGUGCCAGAUUUCGCAUAAACGAUCACCUGAAUGGCAACAAUGUAAUCGGUCAAGCGAUGAAUCAGUUCCUGAAUCAGAAUAUCAAGGAAAUCAUUGAAGAGAUGAGACCGGCGGCCAGUGCAAGUAUCGGCAAGUACUUUAAGGACUUCCUGAAUGCCGUCUUCACCAAACUGCCCUUGAAAGUUUGGAUGCACGAUACGUAAUAGUUACCAAUUCUCGAUAACGCGAUAUGAAUUUCACGCGCGACAUCCAUGACUAUCAUACAUUUCAUGAUUGCAAAUAUCGUAACUCUUUUUAUAUAAUAAUACGUAGUAAAUAAGUAAUCAUGACUUUAUAAGAUUUAUAAAAGCAUAAAACAUACGUAAUGAUUAUAAUUCAUGAUUCAUCAAAAUCGGUUUACGUAUAAUUCACACGUACUUUAAAUUAAUGAAAUAAAUAAUAAUUACG